GCGUGGGGCUGAGGCUGGUGGCAGUGCCACGCGUGUUAUGAGUCCCGUCCUACGUGCAGCUCUGUCCCAUGGUGCUGGCUCCCCGGGUGGGGUCUAGCCCCAGAGACCCCAGGUUCAUGGGGAGCAGCUGAUCCUGUGUGAGGCCACGGCCAGCCCCUCUCCUCUCUUCUCCCCCAGGCUGCUGGAUGCAGAGGACGGUGGCAGUUGUCGGUGGUGGGAUCAGUGGCCUCACCGCCUGCUACCAGCUGGCCAGGAGCCCCAAUGCUCCCAAGAUAAUCCUGCUGGAGGGCAGUGGCCGCCUGGGGGGCUGGCUCCAUUCCACUCGAACUGAGGACGGGGCUGUAUUUGAGCAUGGCCCCAGGGGGAUCCGACCUGCUGGGACUGUGGGGAAGAACACUCUGCUCAUGGUCUCUGAACUUGGCCUGGAUGCAGAUGUGCUUCCAGUGCCCGGCGACCACCCGGCUUCCAAGAACCGCUACCUCUAUGUGAGCGGGGCGCUGCAUAGGCUGCCAUCCAGCAUUGGCGGUGUUCUGCGGACGGUGCCACCCUUCACCAGGCCCCUACUCUGGAGUGGACUGCAUGAGCUGGCAGCCCCCCGGGGCACCCAGUUGGAUGAGACCAUCCACAGCUUUGUGAGCCGCCGCUUUGGAAAGGAGCUGGCCGACAUCGCCAUCGACAGCCUGUGCCGGGGGGUGUUUGCUGGAGACUGCCGGGCCCUGAGCGUGCGCUCCUGCUUUCCUGCGCUGUUUGAGGCCGAGCGGAGGCGGCGCUCCGUCAUCCUGGGGAUGGCCCUGGGUGGAGGGAAGGGCCCCGCCCUGGACUCAGCACUGAGCCGCAGGGCCCGUGACGAGUGCUGGAGCCAGUGGUCGCUGCGUGGUGGCAUGGAGACACUGCCCGAGGCCCUGCAGGACUUCCUCAGACGGCAUGGGGUGGAAAUGCACUGCCAUGCCCGUUUGCAGCGUCUGGAGAGAACGGCAGCUGAGUGCUGGCAGAUCACCCUGGAGGACGGCAGCGUGAGAGCAGACCAUGUGAUCAGUGCCAUCCCGGCCAGAGCUCUAGCGGUGCUGCUCCCCAGCUGGGCCGAGCCGUUGGCCCAGGAGCUGCGUGGCAUCGAGGCCGUGUCGGUGGGUGUGGUGAACCUGCAGUACAACGGUGCCACGCUGCCCAUCACGGGGUUCGGGCACCUGGUCCCCUCAUUCGAAGAUCGCUCCCUGCUGGGCAUAGUCUACGACUCGAUCGCCUUCCCGGAGCAGAAUGGCACCAGUGGUCCUUCUGUCCGGCUCACGGUGAUGCUGGGAGGUGCGUGGUUCGAAGAGGGCUUUGGGGACCCAGAGAUGGUGCCAGAGGCAAGGCUGCUGAGCCGUGCCAAGGAGGCAGUGAGGGCACACCUGGGCCUGGCAGCUGAGCCCUCCUGCACAAUUGUCAAGGUGCUCAAGGCCUGCAUCCCCCAGUACACGCUCGGCCACUGGCAGAGGACAGAGACCAUCAGCCGUUACCUGGAGCGGGAAGGACUGCCACUGAGCCUGAUUGGGGCCUCCUACCAGGGUGUCUCUGUGAACGACUGUAUCUACAAUGCCAAGAUGGCGGUCACCCGGCUCCUGGACCAGGCCCAGUGAUCUGCCACCAGGCACCCACCACUUACACUAACUCUGCUUCAAGUGGAGCCCCUGGCCAGACAACGGGCUCUCAGUGUGAGGAGAGGCUGCCUCCUGAGGGCUGGAUUCCUGCCUCAGGUGGGUGGGGCUGGGGGUGUCCUGCUGGGGGCCACCUUGCAAUAGAGGGUCACCACCAGAAGCAGUGAGAAGAUACUGAUUUGGGGUGAGUGCUGACACGCCGCCGAAGUACUGGGCAUACGGGAGGCUGAAGGAGAGAAGAGGAGGGUGACUGAGAUGGCUUGAGAAAGGAUCCUGGCUCAGAGACUACCCCCAGCAGCCACGCCCUGGGUGCCAGGAUUCCCUUGAUUAUCACUACAAAAGGUUCCCCCCCCACUCUCCUGCUGGUAAUAGCUCACCUUACCUGAUCACUCUCGUUACAGUGUGUAUGGUAACACCCAUUGUUUCAUGUUCUCUGUAUAUAUAAAUCUCCCCACUGUAUUUUCCACUGCAUGCAUCCGAUGAAGUGAGCUGUAGCUCACGAAAGCUUAUGCUCAAAUAAAUGUGUUCGUGUCUAAGGUG